CCUUAAUACCAUUGCCUCUUUUCCCCUCCAGCUAGUGGCUUACACCAUAAGUAUGAAAAUUAACAGCUCAUAUCCAUAAUACCUAAGUUUACUUUGUUAAAUGUUAAAAUAAAAGAAAAAAAUCCUUGUCCGAUUAACACAUACGAAACCAGAGGCGAGAGUAGAUGGUGAGUUGAGAUGGUACGGACAGCAGGGAAGCAGAAAUCCGUUAGAUUGGUGUUAGUGUGUGUGGGACUGUUAGGGUUUGGUGUUAUCGCUAAUUAUCUUUGGGCUUCUUCUCCCCGUCUCUCCAAUUGGUCUGUUGAUAAUUCUUUAACCAAUUUAAUCAUCCCCAGAACGGAAGAUCCAUUCUCAGAUGCUACAUUUCCAGCCCCUAAGGGAGAAGCUGACAAAGGAAAGAAGAAGAAGAAGGGCAAAGAUAAGGACAUUCCUGAUAGAUUCCUAUCAGCAACAUUUGCUGAUUUGCCUGCACCAGAAUUAAAAUGGGAUAAAAUGGCUCCUGCACCUGUGCCUCGUCUAGAUGGGGCAGCAAUACAGAUUAAGAAUCUCCUGUACGUGUUUGCUGGAUAUGGAACAAUCGAUUAUGUGCAUUCACAUGUUGAUAUUUACAAUUUUACGGAUAACACAUGGGGAGGGAGAUUUGAUAUGCCCAAAGAAAUGGCACAUUCACACUUGGGAAUGGUGACAGAUGGUAGAUACAUUUAUAUUGUCACAGGACAAUAUGGUCCACAAUGUAGAGGGCCAACGGCCCGGACAUUUGUGUUGGAUACUGAGACAAAGCAGUGGCGGGAUAUGCUACCUCUACCAGUACCUAGGUAUGCACCUGCUACUCAGCUUUGGAGAGGUAGACUCCACGUGAUGGGUGGCAGCAAGGAAAAUCGGCACACUCCAGCAUUUGAGCAUUGGAGUCUUGCUGUAAAAGAUGGCAAAGCAUUAGAAAAUGAGUGGAGGACAGAGAUACCAAUACCUCGUGGAGGUCCUCAUAGGGCUUGUGUUGUGUUUGAUGAUCGGCUUUAUAUCAUUGGUGGUCAAGAAGGAGAUUUUAUGGCAAAACCUGGAUCACCUAUUUUCAAGUGCUCCCGAAGGAAUGAGGUAGUAUUUGACAAUGUUUACAUGCUGGAUGAUGACAUGAAGUGGAAAGCCUUACCUCCUAUGCCAAAGCCUGAUUCUCACAUUGAAUUUGCUUGGGUGAUUGUUAAUAAUUCACUUGUUAUUGUUGGAGGCACCACAGAUAAGCACCCCAUAACGAAAAGGAUGGUCCUAGUUGGUGAAGUCUUCCAGUUUAACCUAGUUACACUGAAAUGGUCAGUCAUCGGAAAACUUCCGUAUCGUGUGAAAACCACACUGGUUGGACUGUGGAACGGAUGGUUGUAUUUUACAUCUGGGCAACGAGACAGAGGUCCGGAUGAUCCAACACCUAAGAAGGUCAUUGGAGAGAUGUGGAGAACCAAAUUGAAACUAAACUCAUGAUAUUAGUAUUAUUAUUUUUUGGUAGGAUUUUCAAUUCUGCGAAAAUCUUUUGAUUUGUAAGAUGAAAUAUUCGUUGGAUUUUUGCCAAUUUUGUCAUCUUCUCCAAGUAAAAGAAACUAUGGGAGAGUAAAAUUUCUCCCUGCUGGCUUGUAUAAACUUCAGAAUAUCUACAUUCUCAGUGAAAUUGAAAUUUAUUUUUUUAA